CAUCUGUCCUUGAACACUUGUCAGCCCGAACAUUUGUAAACAACUCUCGUCCUAUACCAUGCUUACGAAUUAAUGAAGAAAAUACGCAGGAGAAUCGGAAAAGGGAUGGACAUCGGAAGAGAGGACUCGCCCGAAGCGGCUAGUUGCUGGAUUCUGACGGAGAGCCACGAGUUUAUCCUGAGAACGUUUGCAUUUUUACCGGCCAAAACUCUGGGAAUUUGUGCUCAGGUGUGUAAAGCUUGGUGCAGAGAGGUGAAACGGGUCUUGCAUCAGAGAGACCAGAUUGGAUGGGCAGCGUCGGGUAGACUCGAGGCAGGGGAGGCUGACAAGGGGACUAAGGACAGAUCCAAAGAUCAACUUGGACGGUUCGGAGUCCGUUUGAACGCUUGCCUCAGUAUGCUGAGUAGCCUACCCCACCAGGCCAUCGUCUUCUCAGAAUGCCUGUCUUUGGAAGACUUCCAGAAGGACGAUGACUUUGACGAUGACGAAUUCCGGCCUGGCGGUACCAGAAGAUUGCUUCAGGAAUCGGUGACAGCCGUGUCAUCCAGGUUACCACUCGGAAGUUCUGUCGUAUUUGUUCACUCAGACGGCACAAUGGGGUGCAAGGCUGAUCUGUCCCCAGCUGGAGAAACCGAAGGCGCCUGGGGCACCAGUUGCAUUCUGCUGCCCAACAUGGAGGGUGUGACGGUCGACUGCCGGCGACACUACCACUCCGACCUGGUCGGAUCGCGGGUUGACUCUUACAUCAGGAGUCUGAGCCUGCCUGCCGACACCUGCUGUAUUCUGGUCUUCAGUAAUGGGGGAACUCACGGGACCCUUGUUGAACCGUUACAGCGAGGCUUCUACAGUGAAUUGGGCACGAUGCCCGUCAUAGCUGGAGGAAUAGCGAAGGAGAUGAUUAUGGAAGUGUCAGGUCAGCCUGUCGACAGGAGAACAGGCUCCAAGAAACUGCCAAGUUGCAUGACGGUGGCAUUCUCAGGAGCUAGGGUGAAGGCAGCAUCCCUUGUUCUAAACCACAGCAUCACCACCUGGGAGAAAGCCCGUCAGAAACUCCAGGAAUUGAAGAAAGUCGGCCUGUCGGAGAAGCGCAGCCUGGCCUUUGUGUUCAGCUGCGUGGGCCGAGGGCGCCAUUUCUACAAGGCAGAGGACGUUGAAAGCGGGGCCUUUCACGAGGUUUUUCCUGACACGCCCCUGGUGGGCUUCUUUGGGGGUGGGGAGUACGGCUGCGACAACUUGACCCUUGGGGAGAAUGUGCGGGACAAGGCAGAUGCAGACUGCACGACCCCUGGAUGGAAAACAGCCCAGAAGAAACUGCCAAGUUUGGAACAAUCAUUUACAUGUGUAAUAUGCCUGCUUUCAUUCGGUUGAAUUACAAGCCAUGUGCAAUUGACCUUAGACCUUUAAUGAUUGACGUCAUGAGAAUGUCUGGUACACACUGAUAGAUGACAAUAGUUCAUCCGUUCUUUGAAUUACAGAGAGUUGUGUUGGAUCAAGUACAUAUCCAAUAAUCAGGGAUGUUAUCAACAGAAUUAGGUACUGUGGCCUGGCAAAUUUUACAACACUUCACUUUAGCACUUGUUUCUGAAUAUGACGGUCAGGGUACUAAACUGCAGGUGUUUUCCCUUGGAAAAAUUACAAAGUUAACUUUUCAUUGAAACUGAGUUCUGAGACCUCUCAUCUCCAUUAGCUCAAAAGGCUGUUAACGUAAACAAUAAUCAGGAAAAUGGGAUCAGAUAUCCUUGCUGUGUCUGAGGAUAACUAUGGGUAUGAUAUAUAAGGUUAACCAUGUAAUCCAUUUAAAAAAUCAACGAGUGCUUGAAGCAGAUUUGUUUUUUUCCGCCUGUUUUUAUUGAGAUGGUUAACCAGAAUUUAAAAAAAUAAUUUUCCUUUUAGUGUCUAUUAAAAUGGCUCUCGGCAAGAUUGCCACAAGAAAGCAUGACAAGAUGACACGUGGCUGAAAAGUUCAAAGAAGUAUCCCCCAAACAAACAAAAACAAACCUAAAAUCCCCCGAGUGGGGGACAUUAUGCUCUGGAACGAAUUUUUACAGGGAAGUGUUGAUGAGGCCAGUGAGACCAAACAUCUUGAAACAGCCAUCUUUUUGUUGUUCAUGUACAUGCCUGUUACAGUCCAAAGUCUCCAUUUAUAUAAUGUGAUUGAUAUCACAGAAUCACCGUGCAGAGAAGUAAGUUUAUUUGGGAAGAAUGGGGAAUGUUAGCAGUGGA